AUGAAAUCUUACUAUCUGCCUCACCAUGCAGUUAUAAAAUCAAAUAGUCUCACUACCAAGGUACGUGUUUUUUUCGACGGUUCAGCGCAAAGCAAGUCUGGUGUUUCUCUAAAUGAUAUAUUGUCACGAGGGCCAGCCACCCAGCCUGAACUUUUCUCAAUAUUGUUGCGCUUUCGUGUGCAUAGAUACGUCCUUACUGGAGACAUAGAAAAAAUGUACAGACAAGUUAAAGUAUCCACUGCAGACUGUAAUCUACAAUGUAUUGUGUACAGAAACUCUCCUGAAGACCCUGUUAUUGAUUAUAGAUUGCUCACUGUAACCUAUGGAACAAAGUCAGCAUCGUUUUUGGCUACGAAAUGUCUUUCUCAACUAGCUAAUGACACCUCCGUUCCGUCGGUUAGCCGUGCAAUACGUGAGGAUUCCUAUGUCGAUGACUUAAUCACUGGAUCCUCUUCUAUAGACGAAUGCUAUUCUAUUUAUACUGCACUAUGUCGAGUAUUGAACGCAGCAGGCAUGCCAUUGAGAAAAUGGUAUUCAAAUUCUCCUCUACUACUCAAUCAAAUUCCACAUACUGAAGACGAUCCAUCUUACUUAUUGAGGCUCAAUGAUGAAGACACCAUAAGUACUCUAGGGCUAACAUGGCAGCCUAGCAUUAAUUGUUUUAGAUUCAUAUUCAAGGACUGGGAUCCUUCUGUAGUAAUGUCCAAGCGUUAUUUGUUAUCGGAUAUAAGCAAAAUAUUUGACCCCCUUGGGCUAUUAACGCCUGUGCUUAUAAAAGGCAAGAUAUUUUUGCAACAAUUAUGGACUUUGAAACUUGGAUGGGACUCUCCAUUGUCAACUGAUUUUGUGUUGCGUUGGAAGCACUUUUAUCAUCAAUUUAAAGAACUUGAACACAUUAGAGUGCCUAGAACUGUUCUUAAUAUCGACGCUUCAAUAAUUGAGCUUCAUGGAUUUGCUGAUGCGUCGCAAGAAGCUUAUGGGGCAUGCGUUUAUUUAAGAUUCUUGGCCCCAAGUGGUAGCAUAUCAGUGUCACUGAUUGUAUCAAAGUCUAGAGUUGCUCCACUGAAGCCAACCACAAUUACAAGACUUGAACUUUCUGGGGCACACAUAUUGGCUGAGCUUGUUCAUAAUGUUGUACUUGAAUUAACUCAAAUUAACACUUCGAAACUACUCAAGGUGUUUGUUGCUAACAGGGUAGCACAAAUAAUUGACCUCACCAGUCCAAUGCAAUGGACACAUGUUCCCGCCAGCUGUAAUCCUGCUGACAUAAUAACCAGAGGCAUUGAUGUUCAAUCGCUCAGUACCCACGAGUUGUGGUGGAACGGCCCCUCAUGGUUAAGUCAAGAUAGAAAAUACUGGCCGGAGUGUCCUCUGUUGACAGAUGAAGUUCCUGAAAUCCGACAAGUCAAACUAGUUCUUGCUACUGUUCUGCCUACUACCACCCUGCUUGAUGAAUACUCUGAUUUCAUGCGCUUAAUUCGCAUCACAGCAUGGAUAUUAAGAUUUAAAUCAAACAGUAGCAUUUCCUCAGGAAGAGGGGGCCGUUGA